ACUAACUUUCUGGCCAGCCCAAUAUAUUACUUAUCUUUACCAUAAUAGUGCCACAUGGGAAUUACUGAAGCUGUGAUUCAAAGUUGCACAACUUGUACAUGGAGGAGGCCAAAUUGAAACCUAACAGAGCCCAGGCUCUGUGCUAGAACAUUUCACCAACUCCCUGAGAGGCAGGGAAUGGCGACUCCCCCUGGGAAGAUGUCAGUCUCAUGGAAGGCAGAUGUGAAGUCAGGGGAGAGGGGAGACCCAGGGCAGCCUUUUGGCCUCCUCACUCCCGUCUCUGUCCCUCAUGCAGCUCCAGUGCCAAGGCAGACCCUUUAGUGAUCCUGGUUUCUCAGCCCCAGAGCUCCAGCUCAGCAGCCUGCCUCCUGCCGCCGUCUCCUUCAAGACCUGGCAUGUGCUGAAUGACAGGGAGCGUCUGAGCUGUGCCCAGGGGGCCUUCCUGGCCUUGACCCAGCACCUCCAGCUCGUGGGGGAUGACCCGACUGACCUGAACCCUGGCAGUCCCAUCCUUCUGGCUCAGCUUGGCACUGCAAGACUCAGGGCCCAAGGCCUGCUGGGCAACAUGGCUGCCAUCAUGGCUGCCCUGGGCCUGCCUAUCCCCCCAGAAGAGGACACUCUCGGGCUUGUCCCCUUCGGGGCCUUGGCCUUCGAGAGGAAAUGUCAAGGUUAUGUAGUAACCCGGGAAUAUGGCCAUUGGACUGACCGAGCUGUGAGGGACUUGGCUCUGCUCAAGGCCAAAUACCCUGGGUAGAGGAGGUGGGA